AUGGAGAACAACCCCUACGACAUCGCAUUGCAGCUUGAGGCAGCCGCUGCCCAACUCCGCGCCAUCGGCACCCUCCCAGAGACUCAACGCGAUGGACCCAUCAAGCAAGCUAUGGAAUAUAUGCUGGGGCAAGUCUGCGAUGUAUGCGAAAAGGUUCAGGCACAGUGA